AUGCAAACACAGAAACUUCAAACACAAGAUGAUUUGGAUCCGAUUGCAACUGUUGAUUUGGAAAUACCAAAAACACAAGAAUUGCCUGAGGUAGAUGAAGUUGAAGAAGACACUAAAACUGAAAUAGAAAAGGAAGAAGAUGAAGUUAAAGAAGAUGUUGAAACUGAUAAAGAAAAAGAACAAGCUGAAGUAGAAGAAGUUGAAAAAGAAGAGAAAAGUGAGAGACAGAGGGAAAGAGAAAUUUAUGAAGUUGAUGAAGAUGCUGAAACUGAAAUUGAAAAGGAAACAGAUGAAGUCGAAGAAGAUGUUGAAACUGCUAAAGAAGAAGAAGAAGUUGAAGUAGAAGAAGAAGUUGAAAUAGCAGCACCACCACUGAAGAUGAGGGUUAUGUCAAAAUCAAAAGUAAAACUUGUUGAUCAACAAAGAGCAGAGGAAUGGAACUUCUUGCAGGUAGUUUUUUCUACUGAGAACACUGGGAGAGUUUUGAAGUAUACUGUUGCUACAGGAGAAACCACUGUUAUGGACAAGCACUUGAGCAUUUUGGCAAAGCAACAUAUUGAGACAUGUUUUGUAAAAAUUAAUGCUGAGAAAAGUCCAUUUCUGGCUGAGAAGUUGAAGAUCGUUGUUCUUUCAACCCUUGCUCUGAUCAAGAAUGCAAAAGUAGAUGACUAUGUGGUAGGAUUUGAUGAGCUUGGUGGAACUGACGAAUUCAACACAGAGGAAUUGGAAGAUGGAUUGGCAAAAUGUCAAGUCAUCUUCCAUCAAGAUGAAUCAUCCAUAAAUGCUUCAAAAUCUAGUGCACAAACCAGGAGAAGUGUACGACAAAAUACGAGAUCAGACUCAUCAAAUUCAGAAUAA